CUUUUUAAAAAAAGGUUACACACAUGCUUUAUAGUUGAGAACAAGAAGAGGAUGUGCAGAGACGGAUACUACGACGGAUCUAUUGAACUGCGGGACGUUUUCAACAGGAGAUGUGUUGAAUGUGGCCGAGGGGACUUUGUCCAAGGCAACACGAUGAGGAUUAGGACGGGACUUGUUUUUUGGAAUCUCGUCUUUUCGUUGAUGUUCAGUUGUGUGAAAGGUUUUAUCCAUACUUGUGGAGGCACUUUAAAAGGGAGGAAUGGGACAAUAGAAAGCCCUGGGUUUCCAUAUGGAUAUCCAAAUGGAGCGAACUGUACCUGGGUGAUCGUUGCCGAGGAGGGGAACAGGAUUCAUAUAGUUUUUCAAUCUUUCGCUGUGGAGGAGGAAUAUGACUUUUUAUCUUUGUAUGACGGACAUCCUCACCCGGCUAACUUCAGGACAAGGUUAACAGGAUUCACUAUCCCCCCGCCUGUUACCAGUUCUGGUUCCAUAUUUUCACUGAGGCUUACCAGUGACUUUGCAGUAAGCGCUCAUGGAUUUAAAGUAACUUAUGAAGAGCUGAGAAGCAGCUCAUGUGGAAAUCCUGGGGUUCCUCCCAAAGGCAUACUGAAUGGAACUCAAUUCAACGUGGGUGACAAGAUGCGCUACCGGUGUGUCACCGGUUAUGUCCUAGAUGGACACUCACUCCUCACCUGUGUCACUAAUGCAGCUGGUGUGUCAGUGUGGGACUUUCCGGUGCCUAUCUGCAGAGCGGAGGACACAUGUGGUGGCACCCUGAGAGGCUCCAGCGGGCUCAUCUCCAGCUUCGAUUUCCCCAGUAGUGACUCUCUUGGUGCGGGUGGAGGUGGAGGUGCUGGAGGCCUGGGCAGCAGUGGGGAAUGUAAGUGGACCAUCCUGGCUGAUCCGGGGGACACCAUCUCCCUGGUGUUCACUGAAUUUCAGAUGGAGGAGAAGUCGGAUUAUCUGGAAGUAGAAGGAUCUGAACCACCAACGAUCUGGCUAACUGGAGUGAGUAUUCCAGCACCCAUCAUCAGCAACAAGAACUGGCUACGGCUGCAUUUUGUGACAGAAAGCAACCAUCGUCACAAAGGCUUCAGGGCUCAGUAUCAAGUGAAAAGCUCUGGAGAUCUUAAAUCCAGAGGGGUGAAAUUAUUACCAGGCAAGGACAACACUAACAAACUGUCUCUGAUGAAUGAAGGCGGAAUCAAACAGGUGUCUAAUUACUGUCCAGACCCAGGGGAGCCGGAGAAUGGCAAACGUAUUGGCUCUGACUUCAGCAUCGGAGCAACUGCUCAAUUUACCUGUGAUGAAGACCAUGUGCUGCAGGGCUCUAAAACGAUUACCUGCCAGCGUGUUGCCGAAGUCUUCGCAGCUUGGAGCGACCACAGACCCGUCUGCAAGGUGAAAACGUGUGGCUCAAAUCUACAGGGACCAUCAGGGACAUUUACAUCCCCAAACUUUCCUAUCCAGUACGAAAGUAACUCCCAGUGUGUGUGGAUCAUCACAGCCAGUGAUCCAAACAAGGUUAUUCAGAUUAACUUUGAAGAGUUCGACCUUGAAAUUGGGUAUGAUUCACUAACCAUUGGAGAUGGAGGGGAAGUAGGUGACUCUAAAACGAUAAUACAAGUGCUGACGGGCAGCUUUGUCCCAGACCUGAUUGUCAGCAUGUCCCAUCAGAUGUGGCUGCAUCUCCAGUCUGAUGAGAGUGUUGGCUCGAUCGGCUUCAAGAUCAACUAUAAAGAAAUUGACAAAGAGAGUUGCGGUGACCCUGGCACACCUUUGUAUGGCUACCAAGAGGGUAGCGGCUUUUUAAAUGGAGACGUUCUGCGCUUUGAAUGCCAGUUUGGAUUUGAGCUCAUUGGGGAGAGGACGAUAACCUGCCAGAACAACAAUCAGUGGUCGGCUAAUAUCCCCAUCUGCAUAUUUCCCUGUUUCUCCAACUUUACUGCUCCCAUGGGGACCGUAUUGUCUCCUGAUUACCCAGAAGGCUAUGGGAACAACCUCAACUGUGUGUGGCUAAUUAUAUCCGAGACAGGCUCCCGCAUCCACCUGGCUUUUAAUGACUUUGACCUAGAGCCCCCGUAUGACUUCCUCACUAUCAAAGAUGGAGACCAAUCAGGAGCCACAAUGCUGGGACGAUUCUCAGGUGCGGAAGUUCCGUCCCACCUGACGUCCAAUAGCAACGUACUGCAACUGGAGUUUCAGGCUGAUCACUCAAUGUCAGGACGGGGCUUCAAUAUCACUUAUAGCACUUUUGGGCGUAAUGAGUGCCCCGACCCCGGCAUACCAUUGAAUGCCAGGCGCUUUGGAGACAGUUUUCAGCUUGGAAGCUCCAUCUCUGUGGUUUGUGAGGAGGGCUUCAUCAAGACACAAGGGGCUGACACCAUCACAUGCCAUCUUGAGGAAAGCAAAGUGAUGUGGAGUGGUCUCAUUCCCAAAUGUGAAGCUCCUUGCGGGGGCCACUACUCAGGUCCAUCUGGUGUCAUCCUCUCCCCGGGGUGGCCAGGCUACUAUAAAGACUCCUUGAGUUGUGAGUGGGUCAUUGAAGCUGAACUGGGACGUUCCAUCAAGAUCAGCUUUGACAGGUUUCAAACCGAACUGAGCUAUGACUUCCUGGAAGUGCAUGAUGGCCCGAACCUCCUUUCUCCUCUGAUUGGCUCGUUUAAUGGAACCCAGGUCCCUCAGUUCCUAUUUAGUAGCGGUAACGUCCUGUAUCUUCUAUUCACCACCGAUAACAGCCGCUCGAAUAGUGGCUUCAAGAUUUUCUAUGAAGUGGUUACAUUGGACACCUACUCUUGUAUGGAUCCUGGUAUCCCAGUGAAUGGCAUACGUUUAGGCCAUGACCUGUCCAUUGGCUCCACGGUGUCGUUCCAGUGUGACCCAGGAUACAGGCUGAGUCACGAGGAACCACUGGUCUGCGAGAAAAACCACUUCUGGAGCCACCAGCUGCCCUCCUGUGAUGCAUCGUGCGGUGGGGAUAUCAGGGGACCUGGAGGGAUCAUCUUAUCACCAGGAUACCCGGAGCUGUACCCCAACUCACUAAACUGUACAUGGACUGUAGAAGUGAGCCAUGGAAAAGGUGUUCAAUUCACUUUUCACUCCUUCCACCUGGAGGACCACCAUGACUACCUCCUGAUAACAGAAAAUGGCAGCUUUGCUCAGCCAUUGGCUCGACUCACAGGCUCAGAAAGGCCUGCACCAGUUAACGCUGGCCUCUAUGGGAACUUCAGGGCCCAACUACGUUUCAUUUCUGACUUCUCCAUAUCAUUGCAGGGAUUCAACAUCUCCUUCUCAGAGUAUGAUCUUGAACCCUGUCGGGACCCUGGGAAACCUCAGUUUGGCUGGCACACGGGUUCCAAGUUUGGAAUCGGUGACUCGCUGUCGUUCUACUGCAACACAGGCUAUCGUCUACAAGGGGCAAGGGAGAUAGUGUGCUUGGGAGGUGGCCGCCGUAUGUGGAGUGCCCCUCUGCCAAGGUGUGUGGCUGAAUGUGGGUCGACAGUUUCCAGCAAUGAGGGACUUCUAUUGUCACCAAAUUACCCUCGGAACUACGACAACAGCCAUGAAUGUGUGUACAGCAUUCAGGUCCAAACAGGCAAAGGCGUCAACAUCACUGCCAGUACCUUUCAACUAGCACAAGGCGACAUCAUCAAGGUGUAUGAUGGAAAGGAUGGUGCAGCGCCGCUCCUUGGCACGUACACGGGCACGGUGAUGCAAGGUCUGUCCCUCACUAGCACUUCCAACUAUCUGUGGCUCGAAUUCUACUCUGACCAGGAGGUGACAGCAGCGGGGUUCCGGCUCAUAUACCACAGCUUUGAGCUGUCUCACUGUGAUGAUCCAGGGGUGCCGCAGUUUGGCUUUAAAGUCAGUGACCAGGGUCACUUUGCCGGAAGUGCCAUCACAUUCGGUUGUGAUCAAGGUUACACCCUGCAUGGCAGUGGUAUACUAAAGUGCAUGACUGGGGAGAGAAGAGCUUGGGACAAUCACCUCCCGUCAUGUAUAGCGGAGUGUGGAGGCACUUUUAAGGGUGAGUCCACAGGGCGAAUCCUCUCUCCUGGGUAUCCCUUCCCCUAUGACAACAACCUGAGGUGCACCUGGACAAUUGAGGUCAACCCCGGCAACAUUGUCAGUCUCCAGUUCCUUGCAUUUGACACGGAGGCAUCCCACGAUAUCCUGAAGGUGUGGGACGGUCCUCCCGAGAACGAGAUGUCUCUGAAAGAGGUUAGCGGCUCCCUGCUGCCUGAGGGAAUACACUCCACUCUCAACAUCGUCACCAUUCAGUUUGAGACUGACUUUUACAUCACCAAGUCUGGUUUUGCAAUCGACUUCUCCAGUUCGCUUGCAACAGCCUGCCGAGAUCCAGGUAUUCCCAUGAAUGGCAGUCGCAAUGGGGAAGGACGGGAGCCUGGUGACUCGGUGACCUUCUCCUGUGAUCCAGGAUAUGAGUUGCAGGGCGAGAGCAGAAUCACCUGCAUCCAAGUGGAAAAUAGAUACUACUGGCAACCCAGCCCUCCAAGCUGCAUUGCACCUUGUGGUGGGAAUGUUACGGGAUCGUCAGGAUUCAUCCUCUCUCCCAACUACCCAAAUCCCUACCCACACAGCAAAGACUGUGACUGGCUUAUUGCUGUACACUCAGACUAUGUCAUCUCUUUGGCUUUCAUCAGCUUCAGCAUUGAGCCCAACUAUGAUUUCCUGUACAUCUAUGACGGCCCGGACAGCAGUGCCCAUCUCAUUGGUAGUUUCCAAGACAGUAAACUUCCUGAGAAGAUUGAGAGCACGUCCAACUUCAUGUACCUGGCGUUUCGAAGUGAUGGUUCCGUGAGCUACACCGGCUUUCAUUUGGAAUACAAAGCAAAAUUGCGGGAGGCAUGUUUUGAUCCAGGGAAUGUGAUGAAUGGCACUCGAAUGGGCGCCGACUACAAGCUUGGAUCUAUGGUAACAUUUCAUUGCGAGGCCGGUUAUCUGCUGCAGGGCUACUCCACUCUGACCUGCGUCAUGGGCAACAGCAAGAGACCAGAGUGGGAUAGAGCCAAACCAAGCUGUCAAGCUCCCUGCGGAGGUCACUUUACAGGUUCAGAGGGAACUGUGUUGUCCCCAAACUAUCCACAUAAUUACACCAGAGGCCAGAGCUGUGUCUAUGACAUCUUUGUCCCUGGGGACUUCGUGUUGUUUGGCCAGUUUGUGGUUUUCCAGACUUUGAACAGUGACGUGGUCGAGAUUUAUGAUGGAUCAUCUGCAGACUCAGCUCUGCUCUCCUCCAUAUAUGGAUCACAUUCAGGAGAGACACUUCCUUUAAGUUCAGGAAACAAGAUAAUGCUCACGUUUACUACCAAUGGAACAGAAACUGCAAAAGGAUUUCAUUUCGUUUACCAAGCCGUCCCCCGGACAAGCGCCAGUCAAUGUAGCUCGGUCCCCGAGCCCCGGUUUGGGAAGCGGAUAGGGAACGACUUUGGCAUCGGAAUGGUGGUGCUAUUUGAGUGCAAUCCAGGAUACGCACUGCACGGCUCCAACGCCAUCAGGUGUGAGGCCGUGCCCAGUGCUCUAGCCCAGUGGAACGGCACUGUGCCCACAUGUGUUGUUCCCUGCGGUGGAGUGUUAACUGAAAGACGAGGCACUAUCCUCUCCCCUGGAUACCCAGAAUCAUACGCCAACUAUCUGAACUGCGCUUGGAAAAUCUCAGUUCCUGAGGGAGCCGGCAUCCAAAUCCAAGUUGUGACCUUUUCCACGGAACACAACUGGGACUCACUUGAUUUUUUUGAUGGAGUUGACAGCAAUGCUCCAAGGCUUGGUAGCUACUCAGGCACCACAAUUCCCCAGCUGCUGAACAGCACAUCCAACAACCUGUACUUGACCUUCCAGUCUGACAUCAGCGUGUCCGCCGCUGGCUUUCACUUGGAGUACACAGCAAUAGGUUUGGAUUCGUGCCCAGAACCACUGCCUCCCAGUAACGGCCAAAGAGUGGGCGAUCGCUACACUGUGGGUGACAUGGUGUCUUUCCAGUGUGAUCAAGGCUUUUCAUUACAGGGUAAUACAUACAUUACGUGCAUGCCUGGUCCUGUCAGAAGAUGGAAUUACCCCGUGCCUCUGUGUUUAGCUCAGUGUGGAGGGUCUUUGACAGACUUCAGCGGCGUCAUUCUCAGCCCAGGCUUUCCAGGGAAUUACCAGAGCAGCCUGGACUGCAGCUGGAGAGUUCAGCUCCCUAUCGGCUUCGGGAUCCAUCUGCAGUUUCUGAACUUCUCAACAGAGCCUGUUCAUGACUAUCUGGAAGUGCGCUGUGGGGGUCAGGAGACAGGCACUGUGAUUGAUAGGUUCAGUGGCCCCAUGGUGCCCAACUCCCUCUUUAGCACCACCCAUGAGACCACGCUCUUCUUCCACAGCGACUACUCCCAGAACAAACCUGGAUUUCAAAUUGUGUACCAGGCAUAUGAACUACAGAGGUGUCCGGACCCACGUCCGUUCCGUAACGGCAUUGUGAUCGGCCAGGAUUAUAGCGUGGGGAUGACUAUAUCUUUUGAGUGCCUGCCAGGUUACACCCUGCUUGGAGAUCCGUCUCUCACAUGCCUGCAUGGAGUCAGCAGAAACUGGAAUCACCCUGUACCUCGCUGUGAAGCUCUCUGUGGUGGAAAUAUAACAUCUCUGAAUGGCACAAUUUACUCCCCUGGACACCCAGCUGAGUAUCCACACUUCCAGGACUGUAUGUGGACUGUCAGAGUGCCUCCUGGUUAUGGCAUCUACAUCAAUUUCUCUGUUAUAAAUACAGAGCCAAUCUACGACUACAUCACUGUGUGGGAUGGACCCGACCAGGCCUCCCCUCAAAUUGGUCAGUUCAGCGGCAUUUCGGUCCAGGAGGGCGUGUCCACCACUGCCAAUCAAAUCCUCAUCAAGUUCCACAGCGACUUCAGCACCAGCGGCUUCUUUGUGCUCCUUUAUUACGCGUACCAGCUGAGGACAUGUCAGCCACCCCCACCUGUUGCCAACGCCACUAUCCUAAGCGAUGAUGACGAGUUUGAAAUAGGGGACAUCAUCCGGUACUCGUGCCUGCCAGGCUUCACCUUGGUGGGCAGUGAAAUUCUGACCUGUCGGCUUGGAGAAAGGCUACAGAUGGAUGGACCCCCACCAGUCUGCCAAGUACAAUGUCCAGCCCAUGAGGUACGUUUUGACUCCACGGGUGUAAUCUUGAGUCCAGGCUUCCCCGACAAUUACCCCAAUCUCCAGAUGUGUUCCUGGCUAAUUAACGUGGAGAAGGGUUACAACAUCACUCUGCACUUUGAACUCUUCCAAACAGAGAAGGAGUUUGACAUCUUGGAAAUAUUUGAUGGUCCCAACAUCUACAGCCAAAGCCUCGCGUCACUCAGUGGUGAUAUUGAAACGCCCUUUAGCCUGACCACCACGGGCCACCAGCUCCUGUUGCGCUGGUCCUCCGAUCACGGCACCAAUCGACGUGGCUUCCACAUCAGAUACGUGGGUGAGUAUCAAACCAUGUACUGCAGUACACCGGACUCCCCACAACACGGCUUUGUAGUGAGCCAGACCGGGGGUCAUAUUAACAGCAUGGUGCGCUGGGCCUGCGACAGGGGCUACAAGCUGAUCGGAAAGGGCACGGCUGUGUGCAAGAAAGCUGUGUAUGGCUACUUCGCCUGGGAUGCACCAGUUCCUGCAUGUCAAGCUGUGUCGUGCGGUGUGCCCAGUGCACCAGUAAAUGGAGGUGUGCUCGCUGCUGAUUACUCUGUCGGCACACGAGUGACCUACUUCUGCAACAGUGGCUACCGGCUCUCCUCCAAAGAGUUGACGACUACAGCCUGCCAGCCAGACGGAACUUGGAGUAACCACAACAAGAUACCCCGAUGCACUGUCACGAUGUGCCCCAGUCUCGGCUCCUUCUCUCUGGACCAUGGGAAAUGGAGGAUAGUCAACGGUUCCCGCUACGAGUAUGGCACAAAAAUAAUCUUCACCUGCAACCCUGGAUACUACCGUGUUGGCCCUGCUCACAUCCAGUGCCUGGCCAAUGGGGCGUGGAGCUGGAGGAAUGAAAGACCUCGGUGUAGAAUUAUUUCCUGUGGCAAUCUGCCAACUCCUCCUAAUGGGAACAAAAUUGGCACCCAAACUACCUUUGGAGCAUCAGCCAUUUUCAGCUGUAACCUUGGCUACGUUUUAACUGGAUCUGCUGUGAGAGAGUGUCUCCUGUCUGGUCUUUGGAGUGGGAUGGAGACUCGGUGCCUGGCGGGUCACUGUGGUAUCCCAGAGCAGAUUGUGAAUGGACAGGUGGUCGGAGAAAACUUUGGUUACAGGGACACUGUAGUUUACCAGUGCAACCCUGGAUUCAGGCUCAUUGGCUCUUCUGUACGGAUCUGUCAGCAGGACCACAGCUGGUCCGGACAGCUCCCAAUUUGCAUCCCUGUGACAUGUGGUCACCCCGGUAGUCCCAUCUAUGGUCGCACUGUAGGUGAUGGCUUCAACUACAAUGAUGUUGUGCGUUUUACCUGUAACAAAGGUUACACCCUAGAAGGACCUUCUACAGCUCAGUGCCAGGCGAGCCGUCAGUGGAGCCAGCAGCCACCGACAUGCAGAGUUGUAAAUUGCACGGACCCGGGCAUCCCAGCCAACUCUAUACGGGAGAGUAAAAUUGAGCAUGGUAACUUUACCUUCGGCAGUGUGGUCUUCUACGACUGUAACCCUGGAUAUUACCUGUUUGGCUCGUCAGUGCUCACGUGUCAGCCAGAGGGCCACUGGGACAAACCUCUACCAGAAUGCAUCGAGGUGGAAUGCGGCCACCCAGGUUUGCCUCCCCACGGUGUGAUGAGUGGAGAGAAGUUUACCUUUGGCUCCACUGUGCGCUACUCCUGUUCUGGAGAUCACCAGCUCAUAGGAGACUCAUCACUCACCUGUCAACUGAACGGUCACUGGAGUGGUCCACUGCCCCACUGCACAGGCGACUCGGGAGGCACCUGCGGGGAUCCUGGCACACCUGCUCAUGCCAGCAGGGAGGCAGGGAACUUCAAAGUCCGCAGCAAGGUGCGCUUCACCUGCGCAGUGGGACACACACUGUAUGGCUCGGCAGAGAGGAUCUGCUUCCCCAAUGGGACCUGGUCGGGCAGACAGCCUUUCUGCAAACCUGUACAGUGUGGCAAUCCAGGUACCCCAGCUCACGGCCGCAUUUCCCGUGUCGAUGGCACAACCUUCUCCCACUCUAUUGUGUAUUCUUGUAUGGAAGGCUAUUUCCUCACCGGCUCGCCCACACGACAGUGUCUGGCAAAUGGCACGUGGUCUGGCUCGGCUCCAAACUGCACAAUGAUCACAUGUGGUGACCCUGGCAUUCCAGCGAAUGGACUUAGAUUUGGUGAUGACUUCACGGUGGGCCAGAACAUGACAUUCCUUUGCCAGCCGGGAUAUGUGAUGAUAGAAGGCGACAGCACUGCCACAAGGACCUGCACCAACAAUGGCACCUGGAGUGGCACCAUGCCAACAUGCCAAGUGGUGACAUGUCCUGCGCCACCACCCAUACAUAACGGCCUCCUGGAGGGCUCAGUCCUGGAGUGGGGCACCAGUGUCAGCUACAACUGUCUACCUGGCUACGAGCUGUCCUUCCCUGCUGUCCUCACUUGCACAGGAAAUGGGACUUGGAGCGGAGACUUGCCUCAGUGCUUGCCUAAGUUCUGUGGAGACCCUGGUAUACCAGCCAAGGGACGGAGGGAAGGGCGCAGUUUCAUCUUCAAAUCAGAGGUGAUGUUUAGCUGCAGUUCUCCGUUUGUGCUGGUUGGAUCGGCCACACGCAUGUGCCAGGAGGAUGGCACUUGGAGUGGAUCUCAGCCUCGGUGUAUAGAGCCAACAAGAACUACGUGUGAAAAUCCAGGGACACCUGAGCAUGGCUUCAUGAAUUAUACAACAGGCUUUAAGGUGGGCAGCAGAGUAGACUUCCAGUGCCAACAGGGACACCUACUGCAGGGCUCCACCACCCGGCUGUGUUUGCCUGAUCUCACCUGGACCGGCAUCCAACCUACCUGCAUCCCUCACUCCUGCAAGCAGCCACGGAGCCCUGCCAAUGCUGACGUCGCGGGUCUAGACCUGCCCUCCUACGGUUACACCCUGGUGUACACCUGUCAGCCAGGCUAUUUCCUCUCCGGGGGUUCAGAGCAUCGUGUCUGCCGCUCUGACAGCAGCUGGACUGGCAAGGUGCCUGUCUGCAGAGUCGGUUCCAAAUCACAUGAGAAAACUGUCAAAGCCGUACCGGGGACACCGAGCCCAAAAAUAAAUGUCCCUGACGACAUUUUUUCCCCGGAUUUCAUCUGGAGGGGUUCGUACGAUUACAAGGGCCAGAAACAGCCGAUGUCUCUGACAGUCACAAGCUUUAAUGUUACGACGGGAAAAGUCAAUGUAACUUUAAGCGACAGUAGUGUGGAGUUUCUGCUCUCUGGUGUAUACAAGCGCCAGGAGGCACGGUUAACACUCCUGCUCUACCAGAUGAGAGCACUGGCCCACAGCUCCUUGAGCAGAAUUACUGCAGAGACUUGGGCAAUGGAUGGAUUUGUUUCAGCUGAACCAGAAGGUGGCAGCUACGUAUUCCAAGGCUUUAUACAGGGUAAAGACUACGGACAGUUUGGACUACAGAGACUUGGUUUGAGUGUGAGAGAGAACGUGACCCUCCCUGACCCUGAAACCAACGGCUCCACUAACAGCAGUUCUGUUGCUGUUGCUAUUCUCGUGCCUUUCUUUGCCCUCAUAUUUGCAGGCCUUGGUUUUUAUCUCUACAAACAAAGAAAAACCGAUAAAGCGCAGUACACGGGAUGUUCAGUCCACGAGAACAACAACGGACAAGCAACUUUUGAGAAUCCGAUGUACAGUACAAACACUAAAGCUGCUGAAGGGAAAGUUGUCCGCUUCGACCCCAAUCUCAACACCAUCUGCACCAUGGUUUGAUGACUACAGAGUAUAAGAGAAAUACAGGAUAUAUAUAUAUAUAUAUAUACGUAUAUAUGUGU